GCGCCGCCGGCUCCGCUCCCGCUGCCGCUCCCGCCAUGGAGGAGCCGCCGCUCCCGCCGCUCCGGCAGCUCCCCACGGGCCCCUCGGGGGACGCGGCGGCUCCACCGGCCCCCGUAGACGGCGAGCCCGCGCCCGCGGCCGGCCCCGAGUGGAACAUCCCGCCCAACGCGCCCGCCUGCAUGGAGCGGCACCUGGAGCGCGCGCGGUACCGCGCAGACGGGGCCCUGCUGCUCGGCGCGUCCGGGCUGAACGGGCGCUGCUGGGCCGGGUCGCUGUGGGUGUUCGCCGACCCCCGGCGCGCCCCCAGCGAGGGGUUCUGCACGGCCGGCGUGCAGACGGAGGCCGGGGUGGCCGACCUGUGCUGGCUGGCGGAUAGGGGCAUCCUGGUGGCCUCCGACUCCGGUGCCGUGGAGCUGUGGGAGCUGGAGGAGAACGAGACCCUUAUCGUGAACAAGUUCUGUAAAUACGAGCACGAUGACAUUGCCACUUCGGUGUCGGUCCUGGCUGGCAGCACCCAGGCUGUCAGCGGGGGCAGGGACUUCUGUGUGAAGGUCUGGGACAUCCCGGAGCAGACGGUGCUGCACUCCUACAGAGCUCACUCGGCAGCAGUGACAUGUGUGGCUUCCUGUCCUGGUAAGGACACUGUGUUCCUGUCCUGUGCUGAGGACAACAGAACUUUACUCUGGGACACCAGAUGCCCUAAACCAGCUACCCGAAUUGUUUGCAGUGCCUGUAAUUACCUCCCUACCUCAAUCAUGUGGCACCCACAGAAAAGUGACAUCUUUGUUUUGGGUGAUGAAAGUGGAACAGUUGCACUAGUAGACACAAAGAAUCCUGACUCUGCCCUCAGUGCCACCGUGCACGCCCGGAGCAUCACGGGCUUUGCAUUCUCUGCACACAGUUCACCCUUACUGGCUUCAAUCAGUGAAGACUGUUCAGUUGCUGUUCUUGACUCAGACCUCUCAGAGGUGUUCAGAAACCGUUCUCAUCGAGACUUUGUUAAAGGCUUAUCCUGGUCUCCUUCAGACGAUGCCUUGCUCACUACAGUUGGAUGGGAUCAUCAGGUUUUACAUCACACUGUCCCCGUACCAACUGGUGAAGCUUCUGGAGUCAACUGUGUAAAAGAAUAGUUUUAUAAACUCAUGGUCCAAGUUCCUUCCUGGCAUCACUUUGAUUCUGCUGAAGUCAAAGGUGUGUGUGAACUGGAGCGGGGAUGGUCUGUUGUCUGCCUUGAGGCUUGUGGCUCAGAAGGUUCCUGUAGUAAUUUUGAAUUAGGCCAGAGUUAGUUACAAACCAAGCUUUGCCCUCUCCUCAGGAGUGCUUCUGUAAUAUGACUUCAGUUUUACCCAGAAAAAAAAAAUUGCUUCAGGUACAGAGGAGACUUGGAGAGAUGGGGAAUUAGGUGUAAUGAAAAAUAAACUAAGUCAAAGAGGCUUGAAUCCUCCCUCAGUCCUCCAAACCACCCAUGGCAUUAACAGAAACAUUUUCUGAGGAGGUUAACAACACACCUCCUCUCAGGUGGGUGUGAGAGCCUUGCCCUUGAGCAAAGUUCUUUGCUCUGAAAUUUAAUUCUUCCAGUGGAAUGGGAAGACAUGUUCUAAUUCGAAGACUAGAAGGGUUCCAGUGUUGUCCUUAAUGCAGCCCUUGGUUUAGAGCAUUGGGCUUCAGUACCAGUGUGGAUCCUGUGCUGAGCACUGCUUGUGCACUGGUAUUGACACCUGUGCUUGGUGUGAGGAGUCCUGUACACUGUAAAAUGAGGCUCCCAGCUGUAGCCCUGUAAUUAAACACCUUUGUGAUGGUGCUGAAAUCCUGGGACCUGUGAUGCUCAGCCCCAGGGCCAGUUAAAGGGACUGAAAGCCAGGAGUGAGCAGUUGCUGUGCUGUUUGACACCAUAUUUCAUCUCCUCUGGGCUGAAGGCGGUUUACUCAAAGAUAAGACCUGUGAACAAAAGGUUUCUGUAAGGGAAAAACUGGACUAAGGACUUCAGUUGUCAUUUGCUUGCUCCUGUAACAGGCUCUGCUUAGUGAUAAACCAGGCUCCUCGUGCACUUGUGAUGAGUGACUUUUGUGCCAGCGACUGAGGGGACAGAACACUCCCAUAAUCCCCAAAACAGACUCCACAUAAUCCCUAGAGGUGUUUUUUUGUCAUAUAUCACAUCCAUUUCUAACUAAACCGUUUCCCUGGAACAUAUUUAACUGAAAAAAAAAAAAAGUCAUUGCUCUGCAUGAAUUGCUGCUGCUCUAGAUAUGGCUUGGUCUGGCCUAGUAUCUCCUAGACAGAAUUAAGCAAGUCCUGACUAAUGAAACAAAAAUACUGUUGAAAUGAAUGUUACCACUGGUUCUUUAGCAUGAUAGCAACACUUAAAUGUACACUGCUUCCAGUGUUUAUCCCUGCAUACACAUAGGUUUAGUUGUGCAAAGCCCACACUUAAUUUUUAGGCAGACUAAGCUUUCCCAGGCUCUGGACUUUUCUCAUAGUCUUUGUAAACCUCACCUGCUGCUUCUUUAACUCCCAUGUCAUACAGGUGUUUACAGAGCAAACCUCCUGUUCUAGAGCAGUGUAUGACAAAGGAAAAGGUAAAUGAUGAUAAAAACUGACACGUUUCCUCAAAAAAAUCCCCUUUGAACCACAAAGUCCCCUGUUGGGGACCUCUGAUGCUGUACUGAAACAGGUCUUGUGCUGGUUCUGAAAAAGUUGUCUUGGAAGAUGGUUUUUAAAUAAAUCAUAGUUUUCAUUUGUAACUGGGUUUAAAGUUUCACUGGGCCAGUUCUGUAGCACUGAAGAGCCAGCUGAGAUCAUUCACACUGUUGAAGUUGUGGUUUCAGUCCCUGAUAUUAAAACUGUUCUUAAAUAAAUGA